UUUACUAUUUAGCAUCAUCAAACACUGAAAAACAAUUACCAGGACAUUUCUUAGCAAGCCCCAUGAAAUAUGCAAAUUUUGUUUUUCACUUCAAACAAAAUAUAGUCAUGUUUCUCAAGCUGGUGUUUAUGUUGUUUUUUCUUGUUACGUUGGUAGCAAGUAAAGACAACAGUUUCACCUAUAAUGGUUUCCAAUCAUCAGAUCUAGAUCUUGAUGGUACUGCUGAUGUAAUAGAAGAUGGCUUACUAAGACUAACCAAUGAUAACACGCAAGUAACAGGCCAUGCUUUCUAUCCAAAUCCUAUAGUUUUCAAAAAAACUUCUGAUGGAAGUGUGUCUUCUUUCUCAACUACUUUUGUAUUUGCCAUAAGAUCUCAAUAUCCAAAACUUAAUGGCCAUGGAAUUGUUUUUGUUGUUUCUCCCACAAAUGGGUUUCCAAAUUCACUACCAAGUCAGUACCUUGGUCUAUUCAAUUCGUCAAACAUUGGAAACAGUAGCAACCAUGUUUUUGGUGUUGAACUUGAUACUCUUCAAGAGUUUGAGUUUGAUGAUAUCAAUAAUAACCAUGUUGGUAUUGAUAUCAAUGAUUUGAAAUCAUAUAACGCAACUCCUGCAGGAUAUUAUGAUGAUGAGAAUAAUGGUCAACUCAAGAAUUUGACCCUUUUUAGUGGCAAUCCUAUGCAGGUAUGGAUUGAAUAUGAUAGUGAAAAGACAAAGAUUGAUGUUACUUUAGCUCCAAUUAAUGUUGUUAAACCAACACGACCUUUGUUAUCAACGACCAAAGAUCUUUCUCCAAUUUUUAACAAUACUAUGUAUGUUGGGUUUUCAUCAACUACCGGUCUUAUUAGUAGUUAUCAUGAUGUUCUUGGUUGGAGUUUUAAGGUUGAUGGUCAAGUUAAAAACCUUAUAAUCUCUAAACUUCCAACACUAGCAAGAUUUUCUGAGAAAAAAGAGUCAAAAAUUUUAACUGUUGGGUUGCCAUUGAUUUUGCUAAGUUUGGUUUUCAUGAUAACUUUAGGGGUUAUGUAUUAUAUCAAAAGGAAGAAGUUUACUGAGAUUCUCGAAGAUUGGGAACAUGAAUAUGGACCACAUAGAUUUAAGUUCAAAGAUCUAUACUUUGCUACAAAGGGUUUCAAGGAAAAAGGGCUAUUGGGAGUUGGUGGAUUUGGUAGAGUCUACAAAGGUGUGAUACCAAGUUCCAAACUUGAGGUUGCUGUGAAAAGGGUGUCUCAUGAAUCAAAACAAGGGAUGAGGGAAUUUGUGUCGGAAAUUGUUAGUAUCGGUCGUCUUCGUCACCGGAAUCUUGUUCCGCUUCUCGGCUAUUGCAGGCGAAAAGAUGAGUUACUUCUGGUUUAUGAGUACAUGCCUAAUGGAAGUUUAGAUAAUUAUCUUCACAAACAACCAAAAGUGACCUUGAAUUGGUCUCAAAGAUUUAGAAUCAUCAAAGGUGUUGCUUCAGGUUUGUUUUAUCUGCAUGAAGAAUGGGAGCAAGUUGUGAUUCAUAGAGACAUAAAAGCUAGCAAUGUGAUGUUAGAUUCGGAAUUUAAUGCUAGAUUGGGAGAUUUUGGACUUUCAAGAUUAUAUGAUCAUGGUGCUGAUCCAGAUACAACUCAUGUAGCUGGAACUGUAGGUUAUCUUGCUCCUGAGCAUACUAGAACAGGUAAAGCUACUAAAUUUUCUGAUGUGUAUGCUUUUGGUGCAUUUCUUCUUGAGGUUGUUUGUGGUAGGAGGCCUAUAGAUCGUGUAGGAAAAUAUGAGAGUGUUAUUCUAGUUGAUUUAGUGUUUGAAUGUUGGAAAAGAGGUGAGAUUCUUGAGGCAAAGGAUGUAAACUUAGGAUCAGAUUAUGUGUCUGAUGAGGUUGAAUUGGUGUUGAAACUUGGCUUGUUGUGUUCACAUUCAGAACCUUUGGCUAGACCAAGUAUGAGGCAAGUUAUGCAGUAUUUGGAGAGGGAUAUACCUUUGCCUGAUUUGUCUUUGCUUAGUUUAUCUUCUUUUGGAUUAACAUUUGGGUUUGGGUACCAUGAGCAAGAAGUUGUCAAGGACAAGACAAUGUCACAUAUUUCUGUGUCUGUUACUGAAUCACUUCUCUCUGGUGGUCGUUGAUUUCAAGAUACACAUAUAUUUUCAGCUGAGGUCGCCGAUGUGAUUGUGGUUAAUAAUUUGAUAUAGAUUUUUAUUCAUAAUUUUGUAGCUAUAAUUUCGCACAAUUCCUUCAAAAAUAGCAGACGAAUGUAAUAUUCGAGAUUGUUGGUCUAUUGUAGUGUCGAUAUGGUCCUAUGUAGUGUCAAUGCGCUUCCAUUUCGGCCGUCAUUUGAGAUUUCGCUUUAUACCACAAAAAUUGCAUUCCCAUGCAGUUGCGGUGCCGCCCGCAUCCACAUUAUUGCGGGUGCGUCAGGUGAUGCAGUCCACAAUUCAGAACCAUGAAUCAAAUGUAAAAUCAUGUUUGAGUUAAUAGUAUAAUAGAUAAAUGAUAGCUUUUUUCAGUA